UCGGCAUCACCAGGGAGGAAUAGAGAGAAUAAAAGAGCAGAGAAAAACAUGAGGAGUUUAGAACUUUCCUCAUACAUCACCACACCAUACCUCAGGACAGUGACUAUCAGCCCUCUGUUCACAACACAAUGGAACCUGCCAUCAACGUUAUUGUCUCUCAGUUCAAGACCUUUGCUGGGAAGGAUGGGUCCUCUAACACCCUGAGCAAAGGAGAGUUCACCAGUCUGUUGAUCUCCCAGCUUCCUAACUUUGUCAAGAACGCCACUGAUCCAGCCACAGUAGACCAACUCAUGAGCUCAUUGGACGAAAACAACGAUGGCGAGCUGACAUUCCUUGAAUUCUGGCAGCUGAUUGGGAAACUAGCCGGCAAACAAGGAGGCUUCUGCUAAUAAGAACCAGCUUCGGGGCCCAAAAUUGCAGGAACAAAACAUACUGAUCAUACAAAAUAUACAUAUUAUUUUCAAGUUUAUCUUUAAAUUGUUUCAUGAUAUCCCCAGAUUAAGUAAGAUUGUAUAAAGUCACAUUCUCACAGUUAUCUAAAAGUAUAUUGGCCAAUUGCCCCUUCUAUGCUUGUCCUUUAUUUUGCUUUACCAAAUUCAGAUCUCCAGAGUCAGUUGGCUUUGAGAGACUGUUCAAGAUUGAGCGACGCAACACAAUGAAAUUGUCCUGUCCAUGUUGUCAGGGGUUAGAUUUUGAUCUUUGUAUGAUGCGUGAUUCCAGUUAACCGUUUCCUAAACGGACGGCUCUUAUUAAAGGAUCCAUUGUUUGAACUCUU